AUGGGGGGGCCUAUUCUGCAGGGGUUCAAGGUCCUGACUAACCGCCGGUCCAUUGUCGGUGGGCUCUUCAAGAAGUGCGACGGGAAUCGUGUCCACGCGAAGGUGCUCGGCGGCAAAGACCUCAGUCAGACCGGCCGCUGCGCUGUCUCGCUCGCGAAGGACAUCGCCUCGGGGCUGCGGGCGGUUCGCCGCGGCUACGACGUCAUGCUGGUGGCCCGCGACAGGGGGGUCACUGCCCGCGCCGAGGCGGUUGUCGACGCAGUGGGCCCGGCAGAGCGGGUGCAGCUCGAGCGCGCGGUCAAGCUGGCGCGCGCCAACGCCGGCCAUCCGACCGCCGCCAGCCUCGCGAGGGCCAUUCGCUUGCAGCGUGGCUCGGCUUAUGCGGUCGCGGCAACGGAAGCUCACCGCUGCCCCGACUGCGAGAGGCGGAGGCCUCCGGGCGUCUCCGCGCCUGCAGUCCGGAGGUCCAAGUUCCGCGAGUUUGGCGAUGGAGUGGCUUCCGACCUGAUGGUUCUCGCUGAUGUCAAGGGCAACCAGGCUCAGCUGCAGAACGAAGUCGACAUGGUCACCACCUUCCAGCUGGUGGCCCCGCAGGCCGACAAGAAGCCUAUCACGUCAUGGACGGCGUUACUUACGAGGUGGAUGGGCUGGGCUGGUCCUCCCCAGGCGAGCAUCGCAGACCUUGGUGAGUUCGCGGGGGAGUUCCGCAGCGAGCUCGAAGGCAUGGGCGCCGAGCUCGUCGCCACUGCCGCCCUGGGCCCCGCGCAGAACGGCAUCUGCGAGCGGCGCGGCGGCGGAUGGAAGGCCAUCAUCGACAAAUACCAGGUCGAUUUUACCGUCCCAGGUGCCGUGGAGUGGUUCUGCACCGUGGUCAACUGGGCGACGAGCAGCAAGGUUUCGUGGCCAUCGAGCCUCAACUUCAGCAUUGGCGACCAGGUCUUUUACUGGCGUGGCCUGAGCAAGGCCGAGAAGAUGUGGAACUUCAAACGGUAUGGCCCUGGAGUUGUCAUUGGCAACGAGGGGGGCAACGUGUGGGUUUCGCACCAGAACGCCACCCUCAAGUCAUCCCCGCCACAUAUGCGGCACGCGCUUCCGGAAGAGUGCGUGCCCUGGAACGAGAUAUCCGACUCUCUGGCCCACGGCGACGAGCCCGA